CACUUCCACCCAGAAUUCCACUUCUUCGGAUCAGCUGCGAUGCCAUCGAUACCAGCCUCAGAUGACGAUGCUCCUCGGUCAUCGUCGUCGUCAUCGAGAUUACCGACAACGGCACCUCGCCCUCCCCUGACAAUCCUCUACGCUUCCGCCACGGGGACAGCCUCCGACCUCGCACACCGCCUUUCGCGCCUAGCACAGCAGCAUCACUAUUCUCCCUCAAUACACUCCCUCUCCACAUUCCCCGACUUGCCUUCUCUACAUGAUGUCCUCUCGCGCUCAGCAGGCCCAGUAGUCUUCCUCAUAGCCACAGCAGGCAAUGGCUCCUUUCCCACUGCUGCCGAGCCACUGUGGAAGGAUGCACUUUCAGCUAGGUACCAAUUGGGAGCGGAGCUGCAAGGACUCCACUUUGCCAUCUUUGGGUUGGGAGACUCCAGCUAUCCCAGGUUCUGUUGGCCGGAAAGGAUGCUCAGGAAGAGAUUGGUGGAUCUUGGCGGCAGCGAGCUACUAAGGGGAGAGGGAGACGAGCAGCACUAUCUUGGUAUCGAGGGUACCUUUCAACCUUUUCUUUCUGAGCUGUUUGGCCUAUUAGAUGAGCGUCAUCCUCUACCGCAAGGCCUGCAAGUCCUACCAGACGAUGCCAUCAUGCCUCCUACCUUCGAGCUGCGCUUCCUGGAUGAGGAGCCCAACGGCGAGAGCAACGGCAGCGGCAGUGUAUCCCUGCAAACAAACGGUAGUGGAGUGCAUUCAGCGAGUGGCUUUGCCCACCACGACGUCCCUACCGCCUCUUCUUCUACAUCUUCGGAUUUCGAGAUCAGAUGGCUGAGGACUGUCAAGAAUGAAAGGAUCACCUCGCCCGAUCACUGGCAAGAUGUGCGGCGACUCGAGUUCACGUUGCCCAACUUGGACGAUUCGGAACUGCAGUACGAGGCGGGAGACAUUGCCACGCUCCGCCCCGCCAACGAUGAAGGGAUGGUGGACGCUCUCAUCACUCGAAUGGGCUGGUCCCAACAUCGAGACAGACCUGUUGGACUUUUCGACCGGCAAGGGCGGCGGAUACAGCUUCCCCCUUUGAGCAAACCUCUGACGGAUGUUGGAGCCAUCGAAGAGACAAUGACACUCCACUCUUACCUCGUCAACCACACUUCGCCCUUCUCUCCUCUUCGCCCCUCGCUAUUUCCUCUCCUUCGGCCCUUCUCACCCAAAGGACAUCUAGAGCGCGAGAAGCUCGAUGAAUUCUGCACACCUGGUGAUGGAUACGAGGAUGCCAUGGAGUAUGGAGUCAGGACGCGCAGAACGAUCGCAGAGGUCCUCGAUGAAUUCCAGAGCGUACAAUUCGAGCCGCGCUGGGCCGCAGAGGUCUUUGGUGGUGGCAAUGAAGAGGGAGAAGGCGGGAUGAGGGAGAGGGAGUUUAGUAUUGCUUGCGGACCGAGCGAAUCGCCCCGCUCCCUAACCCUCCUCAUCUCCCUCGUAUCGUACAAAACACGCAUCCGCGAGCCCCGCGUCGGUGUUCUCUCCCGGUGGCUCGCCACUCUCGAACCCUCAGACGAGCGUCUCCUCCCUGUGCGGAUCAGAAAGUCAACAAUGCUCAAGCUCCCCGCUUCGGAGAGCACGCCAUUCAUCGCUAUUGGACCGGGCACGGGGAUGGCACCGCUGCGAGGUUUGGUAAGGGAGCGUGUUGCGCGUGCCCGUGCUCGCAAGGCAGCAGCAGCAGGUGCAGGUGCAACGUCGUCUUUCCAACCAUUCGGUCCCAUCCUCCUCCUCUUCGGGUGUCGCGCCUACCCUCACUCCGACGCCCUUCUAGCACGCGAGUGGUCCGAUCUAGCCUACGAGUGUGCUCAGGAAGGUCUGGGGACCAUCUAUGUGCGGUGGGCCUCUUCGCGCUGGGAUCCCCUCGAGGGAAAGACGAGGGGCAAGGGAGAGAAGGAGUAUGUGCAGGACCUGGUCGAUCAGUGGGAUCAUCUGCUCGCCACACCUAGUGUCGCUACCGAUGCAAUUGCAGGAAGCGAAGGCGAAUGCGAUGCGAGGAAUGGUGUCCCUUCUCCCUCUGCGGUCAGACAGGGCCCUCUCAUCUGGGAGUGGCUGACAGCACAACGCGCGACAGUCUAUCUGUGUGGCUCAUCGGGGAACAUGCCUCAGCAGGUACGACGAGCCUUUGAGCGACUGGUGGGUGAGUUUGGAGGACUGGAGGAGGAUCAGGCUACCAGGUUCUUGGACCGCAUCGAGGCGGGGGGACGAUGGAGGGAGGAGUGCUGGAGUUGAGUUGAGGCAACAAGGCAGGGCGAAGAAGGUGAGAUCACGCUGGCGCUAUCACUAGAUGGUUGAAGACACGAGACAAGACUAGAAGUGUAAAGCAAUGCGAUAUAUUUCCACUUCCCCUUCCCCUUCCCCUUCCCGUCCCUAUCUAUCCCACAUCCCAAAUCCGUCCACGCCCCUUUUUUUUUCAAGCAACACUAUACUUGUUCAAUUCAGCACUAGCCGUCUUUAGUUCAUCCGAAGACUUUGGCUGCUCGAGCUUAUCGGCAUUCUGGGGAACAAAUACGCCAGGCUUGCCAGUAGGGUCAGAGCUGCCUGUGUUGCCUGACUUGAGAGCAGGGUCGUUGUUAGGGUCGUUGG